AUGUUCCAACGGUUCAAAAGCGCUAUCGAUCGGACCAUUGCCGAGGAGCAAGCCCGCCAGCAGACAGCCACCCAGUCGAGAACACCAUCUCGAACAGGCUCGACGUCGUCGCGCAAAGGCGAUGGCACGCCAGCCCAGCGCGCAAAGUCCAGGAAACAAGCCUCCGAUGCAGGCGACGCCCCGAACCCUGAUCCUGCCGUUUUUGAAGCCGCUUUUGUGAUUGACGAUAGCGACGAACCAAGUCGAGCUGCUACCCCGUUGCCUCCUACCGCUAGCGACGAGAAAAAGACUGAUAGCGCCAAUGCUUCGGGCGGUGCAUCGGAAGAGAAGGCCUCAGAGGGGCAAGGUCUCAAUGAUGAAGCCAGCACCGACAAGGGUGAAGAUGGUGUAGCUGAAACUCCAGCAAUUAAACCACAAACACCGAAGCCGCAGGAGUUAAGCCCGGAGAUUCGUCAGAAGCUGCGCAAACUUGAAAAGCUUGAGGCGACAUAUCCUGAACUGCUUCGUUCUUACCGCGUCGCCCAUAGGCGUGCGACGGCGAUUGAGCCGUUCGAGAAGGCUCUCCGCGAAAACACUCCCUUAACUUCUAUCAGUGAUCCUGAUGCCCUCGUGGAAUACCUCAACCAAGUAAACCUGCGGAGUGAUAUGGUGAUGCAGGAGCUGAAGAAGAUCUCGGCUGACAAGGAGGAACUUCAGAAGAAGCACAAUGAAGCUGAAGAAAAGACAAAGAAGCUGGAAGAAGAGUUGGCGACACUGAAGCUGGACAAUGCUGAUCAACCGAAGAUCAACGAUUCGGAGACAGCCAAGGACGCUAAGAAUGACAAGCAUGAAGACAUCCCCCCCGAGGAAAUUGAGAAAUCGAAAUCCCCUGUAUCUUCUGUCAUUGGCAUGUUCUCGCCCAAGCACAAACCUCAAAAGUCACUCACCGAGGUCACCGAACCAAAGGAGUCUAACGAAGAGUUCUUUUCCUACGAUGAUGAGAUCCCUCAGCUUCAGGCUGAUGUUGCCUCAAAGUCUGAGGUGAUCGAGAAGCUCAAGUCUGAAGUCGAGAAUCUCCAGAAAGAGUUGAGUACAGUUCGAGAGACCAGUGCUGGCUUAGUUGAAAACUUGGAGAACGCUACUCGGGAGUUGAGCGAAUCUCGUGAUGCUGCUGCCGCCAAGGAGUCUUUGCAGGCUCAACUUGAUGAGCGCAAUAAGGAAAUCAAGUCUCUGAACGAACGGCUGGAAGAGUCGCAGACGCAACUCAAGCAACUCGAAGAAGGCAAGAACGCACAUAACGUCAAGGUCGACGAACUCAAGGUUUCACUUGCAUCGUCAGAUAAGCGCGCAAGCGAGCUUGAUGCAGAGUUGGCCAAGGCUUCUAACGCUAAAAAUAUUUCCAAGAAGCUGAUUGAUGACCUCAACAACCAGAUUGACACUUUGAAGAAAGAGAAAGCUGACAGCCAGACCAAGAUUGAUGAUUUGGCCAAGAAAUUGGAUUCAAAGUCCACGACCGCAACACCUACCCCCACUGCAACACCAACACCUGUAGUUCCGCAAGCUGCGGCGGGCGGUGGUGGCAAGAAAAAGAACAACAAGAAAAAGAAGGGUAAGGGUGGUGCUGGUGGUGCCACAGCUCCUUCUCAAGUUUUACCAGCAGGAGACUCUACAGACACUCCUGAGCCAGCAGUUCCUGCUGAGACAGCUGGAAAUGCCGAGCUAGAGGCUGAGAUCGCCAAACUCAAGGAAGAAGUUACCGAAAAGGACACUCAGAUCGACCGCCUUUGCAAGAAGCGCAAGACGGAGGAGGAUCUGCGAGAGGAGAUUGAGUCGUUGCAAGAGAACCUUCUCACGAUUGGCCAGGAUCACGUCGAGGCCAAGGACAAGAUCAAGGAACUCGAGGCUGAAAAGUUGGAGUUGAAGACACAAAUCACUGAUCUGGAGAAGAAGAUCAGCUCAUCCACAUCAGAUGCCGAAGCCAGCACCAAAAUGCAGAACGAAAUGGACUCUUUGAAGACUGAAUAUAACGAUCUUAAGGAAAAGACAUCGACUCUGCAAGCCGACCUUGGUGCCGCUCAGCAAUUGGCCCAAAAUCGGUUCAAGGAUCUCGCAGAACUACGUGAGGUGCUACAGAAGGCGCAACCCGAGCUAAAGAGCCUCCGCCAAGAGUCUGCCACAUUAAAGACUACGAAGGAGGAGCUCGCGACCAAAACUAAGGAACUCAAGGAUAUGGAGAAACGGGAGAAGGACUUGAAGCGGGACUUGGAACGUGCUCAGAAGCUAUCCUCUGACCGUGAGACGGAGAUCAAGGGCCUGCAGGAGAAGGUGACUGCCGAGAUUAACGCAAAGCUUCGCCUUGAAGAUGCCCAGCGAGUCUCUGGACGAGACCUCCGCCGAUGCGAGGCCGAGAAGGUUGAAGUCAGUGCAAGAGCUGAUAAGGCGGAGCAGGAGCUCCAGACACUGCAGGACGAGCUAGGCAAACUACGACCCAAGGUAAAUGAGCUGGAAGAGCAGAUGCACAAAUUGAGACGAGAGAAGGCGGCAUCACAGGAGGAAGCGGACUUCAAGACGCAGCAAUACAGCAACGCCCAAGGCCUGUUGAGUAGUAUGCGAGACCAGACGGCUGAGAUGUCAGUGCAAUUAAAGGAAUCUAAAUCACAAGCCGAAUCGCUAGAGGAGGAGCUGGCCGAGGUUCAGCGACUGCUUCAAGAGAGAACACGCGAGGGUGAAACGAUGCGACGGCUCCUGGCGGACGUUGACGAACGUGCUGAUAACAAGAUACGAGAUAUGAGGGCACGAAUGGAGGCAGCGGUCGAGGAGCGAGACCGGAUUGAGGAUGAGUCGGCUACACUCGCACGACGCAAAACACGCGAGACAGAGGAUUUGAAGCAGAAGCUGAAGGACCUGGAGCGCGAGGUCAAGACUUUGACCCACGAACGAGACGAGCUUGAGCAACGUGAAAAGGAAUGGCGCAAACGAAGGGAAGAGCUCGAAUCAGUCGAAGAGAAGGCCGAGGCCGAGACCGAUGAGCUUCGGACCACGGCUUCGCAGCUCCGAACAGCCUUGGAUGCAUCCGAGAAGCAGGUCCGCGACGUGGAGAAGCAGCGAGCUGAACUUCGACGGAUGCUUGAGGAGUCGAGGCAACGGUACGAGAAAAUUUCCAAGGACCUUAAGUCGGCGCAGACCAAGCUCGUGGCCAGUUCGAGUCGUAGCUCGUUCGACUCGGUCCGGAGUGGAAGCAAUGGUUCACCAGCAGCUGCUGGGGCCCCAGAUACUGUUUACCUUAAAACAAUUCUACUGCAGUUUCUGGAACAGAAGGACACUAAGCUAAGAGCGCAGCUUGUACCGGUGUUGGGCAAGCUGUUGCGCUUUGAUAAGACGGAUGAACAAAAGUGGCAGAACGCUGUACAACAUAUUGAGGUCAAAUAG